AUGUCGGCGGAGGUGGCGGCAGGGUAUACGUCGCCAGAAGUGGAAGCGGCCUUGUGGCGCUCCACAAUGGCCUUCCUCUAUGAUAAGGAGGAAGAUGAUGAGGAGGAAGAGGAGGAGGAAGAAGAAGAAGAUGAAGAGAUCGAUCCUCCUCAGGAGCCUCUCGGCGAUGAUGCCGGAGAAGGCCCGGAGCUCAUCCCAGCUGGGGAAGGCUCCGCUCCUCCAGCGGCUCCCCUGCGGACCGUUGGAGCUGUCGCGGGUGGAGCGCUCACGGCCAUGGCCAUGGCCAUGGCACUGGAGUGGUCGCGGCCGCCGCUGGCGCGCCACUCCUUGCGAGUCCGGCCCCAUGAGCGACGGGAGCCGGUUGCGGAUUACUUGAAUCGCACGGCUCGUGUUGUCCUUGCGCUCCGCGCGCAUGGAAUCACCGUUUCGGAAAGUGAGCUAGGGAUGCUCACGCUCCUGGCGGAGGAUCUCGAGUUCGCCCAGGUCGGAGGUGAUUGGCACCCGACCCGGAUGGUGCGGCGCUUGCGGACUCGUUUCGCAGUCGCGGCGCUCAAAGGAAAGGAUAGCGGCGAGGACGCCGCUGACGUCAACCACGAGAUUCAAGCGAUCGGCGAGCUCAUUGUGGCCCUCGGCGGCAAGCAGAGCGCUAGCCUGCUUCCGCGGCAGCCGUGGCUCAGGCGGGCGAACGUCGCGGCGGCCCUUGCCGGCGCCGACGGCCUUGACAAGGGCGACUCUCCGCUGCGUGCCAAGUUGGCAGCGCUGGAGAUGGAGAUCGAAGCCUUGAAGAGAGGCUCCGAUGGUGGCGCGUCGGUGACCGACGGCGCUGGGCAGGCGGUCUUGCCAGCCGACUGGGGCCAAAGGCUUUCAGCAUCCAGAUAG